AUGUUUGGCGAGCCUGGAAAUAGUAACCGUCUGCUGAGACGUCCGGGACUCCCUGGUAUUAUGAUAGCUACUCCGUACCUACCACCUCGCACCACUAGGGGUAGUUUUGCCCACCCAAACUACCUUACUGGAUCGCUUCUUCGGGCCGGUGGGGGCCAGGCUACUGUGCCGCAGUGGCGGAGUAGAUUGACCGGGUCUGGAGCUGUCCCACGGAUUGCAGCAAAAGGGGAAGCCUUGCGUGGGGGUAGGAAACAAAACGAACAACACGCGUAUGCGGUGCGCUUGCCUCACUAUAACCUCAUCGGUGACCAGGGUGUUGGCAGUCAGUUGUUCUGGACUAGCUUCGCCGGAGCAUGUCCCGCGUUUGCCUUACAAGGCUGGACCGGAGACGCCAUGAUUACUUAG